UCAUUUGUGAUCAUCAUGGAUCAAGUUGAGAGAUUCACAGAACCAUUUGUCGGUUCAAGCAAAGAUGAAGAUGAAACCUCUGAUCAACACCUUGCUACAGCGUUACAAAGUGUUGAUUUCAAGAGAAGUGUUUCAAAUAUUAACGACGAGCUCUGGCAAUUUCGUGUGGGCCUCAUGUGGUUGGGCUUGCAGCAACUCAGUGCAACCCACCUCGUAUUUUCAUGGAUUCUCUUCCUCGCGUUUUCUAUCCUGAUUCCUCUCUGCAGCAUUUGGAUGGUAGUGUGUCAUGACUGUAAGAAAUCUGAGAAACACCCUUUCAAAGCAUUAGUGCAAAUAUCAGAGUCAGGGCUCUCUGUAAUUGGAUUUCUGUGUCUUUCUGGAUUUCUGCGCACUUAUGGCCUGAGAAAGAUGCUAUUUCUUGAUCAAAUUGGCAAAGAAUCUGCACAAGUCCAACAUGGCUAUCAAGACCAACUUCAAGAUUCUUUCCGGUUGUUGCUGAAAGUGCUACUGCCCUGUUUCAUGGUGGAACUUAUUCACAAAAUCAUGUGGUUCACACGAGCCUCUGUACAGAUUCCUCUCAUCUCAAAUGAGCUGGCAAAGAAGGUGAUAAUGUGUUUUCUGAUGAUGGUAUCUUGGCUUUACAGAGCUGCAGUGUUCUUGCUCAUGUGCGUUCUGUUUAGGCUUAUCUGUACCCUCCAGAUACUGCGAUUCAAAGGCUUUUACAAGCUGCUCGAAUCCAGUUACGCUCAAACUACUCACUGUUCCCUAAUACUGAAGGAACACAUGCGGAUACGCGACCAGCUCAUAAUUAUGAGCCACAGGUUCAGAAUUUUCCUCCUCUCCUCAUUGAUUACCAUCACUCUCAGCCAAAUUGUUUCUUUAUUUAUCAUCACCGCUCGCCCUGGAGCUGUGACCUUCCCCGAGAUUGGAGAUUUAGCGGUGUGCUCUGCUACUCAGCUUAUUGGGUUUGUGCUGUGCUUGCAUGGAGCAGCCAAAAUUACUCAUACUGCCCAUCGAAUAGUUUCUUUUGUUAGUCGGUGGCAUGCUGUGAGUUGUUGCAUGGAAUCGUCAAGCAAUAACAGCAUUGAAGGGUCGCCAAUUCUACACGUAGAAUCGCAUGAAGAUCUGGAGGCCGCCUGUAACAGCGUCAGCGUUGCAGGGGAAGUGCCCAGAACAGCCAUCAAAUAUAAUCCUCGGACCUAUUUCAAGCGCCAGGCCUUGGUAUCAUAUUUCCAGCACUGCAAAGGCAGCAUAACGAUUUAUGGGUUUGCAGUGGAUCGCGGCUCUAUCUAUGGAAUUUUUGUGUUGGAGCUUUCCUUGCUCUUGUGGACUCUCGGUAAAACAAUUGGGGUCGGUCCUCAGUGACCACUCACUAGUAUCCACUUGAUUUUCUUCAUCUAUUUUCUCACUACUCAAUUUAGCUGGAAUUCUUGAUGAGAUGACAAGGAUGAAAUACUCUUUUCUCCCAUUUUUAUGCAUACAAGUGUGAAAUGUUUUUAUUAAAUUCUAUGGGAAACCGGAUGAUCCUUGGCCCCUGCCACUGGAAUAUGUUGGCUGAUGGAUUAGGUUUGGUGCUCUGGUCUAGGGGGGCAUACCCUACAAUUUUUAUGGCCUAUAAAAUAGUAGGGAGUUUGCCUAGCCCGGGAGUAAAAUUAAUAGGUGGGUGGGAGAUUGGUUAGGAAAGAUAGUUGGUGGUGAGUUUUUAUUUAUUCUCUCGUUUGUAGUUGAAGUUUUAAUAUUGUAAUAGAAGUAAUAAAUUAAUAAGAUAAGUAUGUAAGAUUUUAAUUUAUU